UGUUGCAGUGAGAGCAGAGUUUGGUGAACACACCUUCUAAUAAGAGCAGAAAAGCGUCAGUAUUAGUUUAGUGUGAGCUGUGUGGAACAUGUGCAGCCUUCAGAGUGUGAAGCUUUUCGUCCAGCAGCGGCUAACUGCGGCUGUGGAGGAGAUAUUUGGACAUUUAGAGAAAACAAUAACCGAGUAUGAAGAGGAGAUCCACCGCAGACACCGCAGGCUGCUGGACGAGCUUUUAAAAGCUGAAACUAAGCAGCGAAAAGCAGCUUUACUUUCAGAUGUGCGAAAAGUGAUCAUCGGCGAUGAGCGUCAGGAGAGAAACUCCAGUCUGGACCAGGAGGACCCAGAUCCUCCACACAUUAAAGAGGAACAGGAGGAAGUCUGGACCAGUCAGGAGGGAGAUCAGCUUCAAGGACUGGAGGAGGCUGAUACCACAAAGAGUACUCCUGACCCUGUGAAGAGUGAAAAUGAUGAAGAAAAACCUCAGUCCUCACAUCUUCAUCAAAGACAAACCGAAAAUAUGGAAACAGAAGCUGAUGGAGAGGACUGUGGAGGAUCAGAACCAGACAGGAACUUGGUCCUUCAUAGAGGUACGAGACAUAUCGCUGGGAAAAAUGUGUUUCCUGUUUUUAGUUGCUCUGAGUGUGGUAAAUCAUAUCACUACAGUUACCUUCUGGAGAGACACAUGAGAACUCACACAGGAGAGAAACCAUUUAGUUGCGUGUUAUGUGGAAAAGAAUUUACUCAAAAAGGACAUGUGACACAACACAUGGCUGUUCACUCAGCGGAGAAACGAUUCAGCUGUCGUCUGUGUCACAAAAGAUUCACCUGGCGUUCACAGGUCAAAAACCACAAGUGUGUUCGGAAGUAUUCACGGCCUCAUCAAAGCCACGCUGAAGAUAACAGAGAGUCAGAGCCUCCAGCCAGCAGCUCAACUGAACAGAUAAAAACAGAGGUUGAUGGAGAGGACCGUGGAGGAUCAGAACCAGACAGACAUUUACAACCUGAUACUGCUGACAAGACUCCAGACUCUUCUGAUGCUGACACUGAUGACAGUGAUGAAUGGAAGGAGACCAGUGAAGCUCAGUCAGAUUCAAAGUCUCCUGUGAGUUGUAAUACUAGCAAGAAAUUAUUUAGCUGCUCAGAGUGUGGUAAGAAGUUUAGCCAUAAAGGAAACCUUGUCAUACACCGGAGGAUGCACACAGGGGAGAAACCCUUCAGCUGCUCAGUUUGUGGUAGAAGUUUUUCAAGCGAGGGAUCUCUGAGGAGACAUAUGAUCAUUCACACAGGAGAGAAACCCUUUCGUUGCACACUUUGUGGUAAAUCUUUUACUCAGUCAGGUCUGCGCUACCACCUGAGAACUCACACCAAACCCUUUAGUUGCUCAGUUUGUGAUGAAAGGUUCAACCAGGAGGUGACUUUACAGCUUCACAUGAGAGUCCACACAGGAGAGGAAACAUUUAGCUGCUCUGAAUGCGGUAAACAAUUUGGCUUCAAAAGAUAUCUGCAGAGACAUAUGAGAAUCCACACAGGAGAGAAACCAUUUAGCUGCUCCUUUUGUUGUUUUAGAUUCAACAAAAAGGCAAAUUUGAAGAGACACAUGAGAAUCCAUGCAAGAGAAACUGUUUAA